AUCGGUAACUACAUUAUAUGCAACAAAGAAAAGUUCUGUCAUCUAGUUGUUCAGAUCACGCUUACUUCCUCGAGGUCUGUGACCGUAUCUUUGCCUCGUGGUAGAUACCCUUGAUUUCUUUUGCGCCAACAACAGUUCAAGUACAUCGACGGGUUCAAGGUAUGACAGAGAUUUCCUCCAAUUAACAAUUAUUUGUCAAAUCCGCGUAUAAGAAGUGCGAGCCUAAUCUAACCUUGUAUGCUGAAUCUCCCAUAUGAUCCACGCCAUUUCACACAGUUUAAGACAAUUUCACUGAUUUUGAAUCUAAUCUAUUUUCAAUGUUACACUGGAUCAAUUUUAGCCGAUUACGAAAUAAGAAAUCAUCUCGUCUAAUUUGUCAAAAUAGGUUUAAACACUUGUUCAAAAGAGGUUUUCGGUUGCCCUCGAUCGCCUUGUACCAAAAUGAAAUCUGACAUUCAAAGAGGCUUUAUUGUAACAUCAUGUACGCUGUUAAAAUCCACAUCGCAUCGCUACAUUUAGUUAACAAAUGACAACAUAUUGGGGUUUUAAAGUUCCUGUUUACUUUCUGAUGUAAAACAUAAUUUACCAUAAAUUUUACUUCAACGGAUUUUUUAAAAGUCAAUUCGAUCGAAAACAAUGCUAUGUGUUGCAACUUAAUUUUCAGUUAAUUUGUAUGAAGUCUUAAUGCUUCAAAGACAGCUUUAAGCAACGCAGCAUUUCUAAACCCAUACAAUAUCAAGUUAGUUUGUUUCCCAAGCUAGUUAUUUUUUCUGCUAAAAUAAUUGGGCAGCUUUAGGAAAACACAAAUUAUUGUUUCCUGGUUAAUAUUUUAACUUUAUUUCGUAAAUUACUCAGCUCUCCUUGCGAAAUAUCAUCAACUCUUUGUACAAGUAUGCAGUGCUGCAGAUUCUGUAGCGCCUAGUGUUGUCUCUUCUUGUUUUUUAAUUUUAUGUACUGACAUGUGAAAAGUUCCGUCGCUUUUUCCACAUCACCUAUAAGCUUCUUAAAUAGUUUCUGGCUCUAGAUUCAUAAUUAUAACUAUCCUUCUAGAAACUGUUAGUCUGAUUGUUAGAAGUUGUAUCUGCAAAUUGAAAUUCUUUAAAAAAAGAAUUGAUUCCAAGAAAAUAUUUGUUUGACAACAACAACAAAUGGAAACAUCGCGAACUUUUUUUCUUCAAAUAUCCGUGUACCACGAAAACAACAUUCUGUAGUCAAAAAAAAAGUUGAGUAUUUCAAGAAACGGACUGUUAUGAACAACCCAGAACUCUGUUUCAAAAUUUUUACUUAUUUUAUUGAGACUAAAAACACUGUUUAAAAUUGAAUUUUUUUUGCCAGUUAUCAGAUUACAGGAUGUUUUAGCGCCCAGACAAAUGUUCAACUAAUGACAUAUACGAACAAUGAAAAGGGCCAAGGAACUCGAAGUUUCACUUGUUCACCUCGUAAAGUAAAUUGUAGUCAUUCCUGAAAAAUAUCGUGAAGUCAAGACUAUGCAGGUACGGCUAUUCAAGAAAGAGAAGUAGAAAUUUUGGUACAAUGUCUCCUAAACACGUCUCUGCUAAAAAAGAUUCAAAUUUGUUUUAUACUUUCCAGCCUUUAUCGUGUUUCUUCUGCACGGUUAAAUUUUUGGCUUCCCAUAUGAUAUAGGAUAAGAUUUUUUUUUAUCAAAAAUGACUCCUUUUGAAACAAUAUACUAAUCCUGAGUUCGACUGAGACAAAAGAUAACCAUUAAGGGCAGAAUUAUCGGAAAACUGUAGCAAAACACGUCAACGAAAAAAGAAGUAGAAUAACAGAAAAGACGACAGUCAAUCGGUAUUGCGAAAGGAAUUUCUUAGCUGGCUGGAAAGUUCUCUAUUAUGAAAAUUUCCUUUAAAAAUGGUACAAUUGUUCCCCAAACUUUCAAUAAGAUGACAUUUUAUUUCCGUAUAAAGUUUGUUUGUCAAACUCUCGGUAUUGACUAAUUGUCUAUUCAUUACUUGGCUUAACGCGAGGAUUAGGUAAAAACAACUUAAAAAACGAGAUACAAAAUGAAACAAGAAAGUGGAAAACAACAGAUUCAGUUGAGUCAUUUAUUUUCAAGAAGUCGUGUAUUAUGUUUCAAAGAAAUAUCAGUUUGGUUCAACUACUGUGGCUGGAGGCUGUGUUUUCUUUAGGACCUCUUUGCAAUAGGAGCCUUUCUCAGUUGUUUUUAUUGAUCUAACCGCAGUCCAUUUAAAAAGUCGAAAAGUGUUCUUAAUCUUCAUAGCUUCAAGGCUUUUUCAAACAAUACUUCUUGAUUUUGACUUGUAAAAAACCCGUUUUCUGUUGUUAGGUAUACAAACUUAAGAGUUUUAUCCGUAAUCAAGGGUGUUUACUGGUCAGAAUUAUUCAGGCGUGUUUGUUUUUCACUAGAUUUUCACAUCUAGCUCUCCUCUAAGGUUUUUUUUUCCACACUUUAGGACAGGUUUCACAUCGAAAUAGGGAAUAUGCUAAGUAACUCUUAACACAUUUGUUCUGAUCCUAUAUCUACUCUGUACUUAUCAAGAAUCAAUACUGUAAACAAUUAUGCUGUGUCAUUUACUGAUAAACAUCAAUGUUCAUUAAAAUCAUUAGGCAUAAAAAACGACCAUCUUCUUUUUGGUACGGUGAAUAAUUGUUUCUUAAGCCAAUUUUGGAUACGAUCUUAAGCAAUUAUAACAGUGCUUCAUAUCUAAAGAGGAAUGACUGAUAAGUCUACCUGAGCAGUUUACAAUUUUUUUUAUUUCCCUGUAAUGGGACUUCACAGAUGAGGUUAGACUUCCCCUCUUAUAAUCUCUCUUUAUCUUUUUUUAUAGUUAAGAAUUAUGAGUGACACCAAAGAGGAGCCCGAAAAUCAAGAAGAGGAAGAGACCAGCACUUCUUCUACCCUUCAUCACAGAGUUCCGAAAUGUGCUCGCUGUCGCACGCAUGGCACAGUUUCUUGGCUCAAGGGUCACAAACAUUAUUGCCGUUGGAGGGACUGCACUUGUGCAAAGUGCCAACUUAUUACCGAGAGACAGCGAGUGACCGCCGCACGUGUUGCCUUACUGAGACAGCAGAGAAAAGGAGCUGAGUUGAGGGCAAAAUAUCAAAGAGAACUGGAAAACGCCCGGUUGACGUACUCCAUGGUGUUUCAAACCAACGGAUUAGCUGGUAGGGCCAAUUUCCAUUUUCGUAUUUCCCUUCCCUUUAUUUUCCCAUUCUUCCUUUCCCUACUGGUUCGCUCCUUCAUAACUUUCUCAAUUCGCAACUUUCAGUCUCCUCUUACUUUAUUUUAGCUGCUUUGCCCCGUGAAAAUUUUUUCAUCAACCUUUUUCAAAUUGUCAUGAUGAUAUUUAAUAUGCUAAGCCUGAAUUCGCCUCUAAGAACACUUUCAAUCGAUUUUCCAGGAUUCCCAAGCAGCCAUCGACACCAUUUUUAUCACCAUCCACCUCAAGCAGAGAUUGGUCAUCUGGAACCAAGGAUAACGGAAAUUAGACCGCAAGCAGGUAGGCCAUAACAGUUUUCAUUUGGAUUGUCGUUAUUUCUAGCUCUUUCAUAAGGGAUUUCCUUGGCAAUUCCCUUCUCUAAACAUCACUUUUUCCGAACCGACAACCAAAAAACAGUGCUUUUUACAGUGUUUUGGUUGUUUGAGCUGUUUUUCAGCCGCGGUGGCGGUUAUUUUUUCAUGUAUAUUAUUAACUACGAAAGAGCAUAGGUUGCUAUCACAAUUUGAAAUUUACAACGAUGACUGAAAAAAAGCAAUAGCGUAUUUUUCACUUCAUUUCCCCUUAACCUCAAUAGCUCUUUAGCGAUUUUCUUUAAUUAACAAUAUACAUGGAAAAAUUACUCAGUUCUGAUUGGAUAAGAUAAAUGCAGUUUUCAGGUAAUUCAGUGCAGAAGAGAGUUAAUUCAGUGCAGAAGAGGGUUAAUUCAGUGCAAAGAAAGAAACAAAUAAGACAUUCUGAUUGGUCAAUAAUCAAAGAAACUCACAGAUAGCCAAUCAAAUGCGAGCCUUGGAUGUCGCAACAAAAUUUGAAAAUUUGAAAAUUUGCGAGCGAAGCAAUGGCCGGCGUUUUAAGCAGGCUUUCUUUUGCCACCGCAGCUGAAAAACAGCUUAAACAACGAAAACACUGUUAAAAGCACUGCUUUUUGGUUGUCGGAUUGGAAAAAGUGGUGUUUAGAGAAGGGAAUUGCCGAGGAAAUCGAAAAUUACGAGCCGACCCAGCUUAACACUUUGCUCGAGCGAUCCAACGCCGAAAUUAAAAACAAACAUAGUUAAACCUCGGAAACGACGAUUCCAUUUAAUCGAAAGUGAUUCGGACACAGACUGAACAAUUCCUUGAACUCUUUUACACCUUAAAGAUGUGAAGAUAUCAUUGCAUAAUUUAUUAUUGUUUUGAUCGUACGCGGUUGUUUUGACCGAACGCGUGAUUUGAAUAAAUUAUUUUUGCACUUGAUGCGCGCUUUGCUUAUGUUUAAUUAUGAUAAGCCAUCUCGUAUUUUUCCAUGUAUAUUAUUAACACGUAAUCACAUGAUUUUUCUCGUGCAAUUCGGAAUAAACAAGCACUUGUUAAUUUUUUCAAAGACCACAAAUUGCAACCGCCCUACGGGCUCGUGUCGGCAAUUUUGUUAGUCUUUAAAAAAAUUUACUCGUGCUUAUUUAUUCCAAAUUGCACUCGAAAUCAUGUGAUUACCUAUACAAAACACGAAUUUUUUUUAGUAUAUAUUUCAAGAGACCAAUCGAAAUACCGAACACCGAAAGCAGAAGCUAUGCACUCAAUUAUACUUUUGUCUUCAGGUACAGAACCUCUGAAGCGGUGCGGCUCUGUCUCGGAGGAUGAAGAAGAAGAGAGAACCAGCCCCAAAAGAAUUGCCCUCUCCCCAGACCUCGAAGUUAAACCAGAACCUCGCGAGCAUACUGAAAAAGGUGUCCACACCAGCUCCGCCGAGGAAAGAAAAACUCCUGAUCAUUCUGUCGACCAAAACAUAAAUCCAAACCAUAAAUACCUACUGGAAAACUUUCAUGAAAGGCCUCAUGAUUUCAGAUAUCCAAGGAUUUCAAAAGAGCUAAGUAUGCUGUCUCUAAGGCAUCCACCAAUGGAAUUACUUAGCAAGCUGUUUCCUCAUCAUAACAAGGGCACACUGGAGCUCAUUCUUCAGAGUUGCCAUGGCAGCGUAGUAGAAAGCAUUGAGCUAUUGUUGUCCUCCCAAGAAUCAAGAAGCAAUAAUAUGUCAGCGUUGGCUGGAUGCGGCCUUCCUACAGCCAAUCACACUCCUCCCUUCCUGCAUGGUCCAAUGACUCGCAACGUCAUAACGAGACCGUUGCCCAGCACGCAUGCAUGUUCGCCUUCAAGAAUUUACCCACCAUCACCACUUCCGCCGCCGUUGCUCGUGAAACCUAAACCGGAAAUGCCAAUCAAGUUUUCUUCUAUGCCGCAUAACCCUUACGGUGGCGAUUCUAGGCUAGGAGAGCGGGCCUGUGGGCUUCCUUUGAGCCGUUUUUGUAGCAGGUGUGGUCACAAGAUAAACAUGUUUGACAAGUUUUGUGCCCACUGUGGAAAGGUUCUAAAUGAAGCAACUGGUCUUUAA